AUGAAAGUUGGUACAUUCAAUUGUCGUGGAUUAGGGGGUGAUGUGAAAAGGCGUCGUAUAUCGGAGCUUAUUCGAUUAGAGGCGCUAGAUUUUAUUGUCAUACAGGAGUCUGAAUUGGAGAUGUGCGAUAGUACCCUUUGUGCGCAAUUAUGGGGAUCUACAGAGUUCGAGUGGUUUGCUUCUCCUUCUCAAGGCAGGAGUGGAGGUCUGCUUUCAAUUUGGAACUUUAAUCGAGGUAAAUUGGUGUUCACGUUUUCUGGUACUGGUUUUCAUGGUGUUUGCUUGCAAUGGGGUGUGGAUGCGUAUAGAUGUGUGGUGGUCAAUGUAUAUUCUCCUUGUCAGCUAGCGGAUAAGCGGUGGUUGUGGGAAGACAUAAUUAUGUCUAAGCGUGGUUUUGGGAGUUGUUUAUGGUGUAUAGUGGGGGAUUUCAACACGGUGAGAAGACUGAAUGAGAGAAAAGGGGGGAUUGGUAACUACGGUGCACGGGAUAUGGAGGAAUUUAAUUCGUUUAUAAGAGAUAUGGAGUUGAUUGAUGUACCACUGGUUGGGAAGCGAUUUACUUGGUUUAGGAGUGAUGGUUCUAUGAUGAGCAGGUUGGAUAGGGUGUUGGUCUCAGAAAGCUGGAGUGCUCACUGGGGUGCAGGAUUUGUGGAGGUGAUUCCGCAUGAUGUAUCUGAUCAUUGUCCAUUGAUUUUGAAUCAUAAGGUGCUAAAUUGGGGUCCUAAACCGUUUCGCUUUAAUAAUUGUUGGCUUUCCCAUUGUGGUAUUGAGGGUGUGGUGAGGGCUGCAUGGGAGAAACAGGUCCAAGGUCCGUGGGCUGCCCAAAGAAUACGAGUAAAGCUCUUGAAUGUUAAAAAUGAUCUAAAGAAAUGGAAUAUUGAGGUGUUUAGUAAUGUGGAUACCACGAUAAAAAGCUUGACUAAUGAAUUAAAGGAGCUGGAUGCCAAGAAUGAGGAAUACGUUCUUGUAGAAUUAGAAAGGAAUAGGCAAAAGAAGUUAGUAGAUGGGAUUUGGUGUGCUCGGAGGAACAAACUAACCUUGCUAGCUCAAAAGGCGCGAAUUCGUCGGGGGAAAUAUGGUGAUUUAAAUUCCAAAUACUUUCAUGCUUGUAUCAGGGGAAGAUAG